AUGACUCAUUUAUAUGAUUUAUAAGAAUUUAAAGAAGCUUUUGCUCUUUUUGAUAAAGAUGGAGAUGGAACUAUUACAAUCAAAGAAUUAGGUAUGGUUAUGAGAUCUUUGGGUUAAAAUCCUAGUCAAUAGGAUCUUAAGGAAAUGAUAAAGGAAGUAGAUUUUGAUGGAAAUGGAAUGAUUGAUUUUAAUGAAUUUUUAGCUUUAAUGGCAAAUAAACUAAGAGAUACUGAUUUAGAAGAAGAGUAUAUAACUGCUUUUAAGAUAUUUGAUCGAGAUGGUGAUGGAUUAUUAUCUGCUUAAGAAUUAAAACAUGUCCUAAUUAAUAUGGGUGAAAAACUAUCUGAUUAAGAUGUUGAAGAUAUGAUUCAUGAAGUUGAUAGUGAUGGAGAUGGUCAAAUCACUCUUGAAGAAUUUAUUAAAUUAUUAAAUUGGAAAUGA